UAGAGCACAAGAUUGAAAAAGUGACCUCUAGACAAGCUUUUUCAGUGUAAGGAUUCUGGUCCAGAGAACCAGCCUCUGGCCCUGCCUUGCCCUGUUAUCACACCUUGUAGCCUAAGCAGCAUCCUUUGUCUUUUAGCCUUCAGCCCAAGCAUUCUACAUGUUUCCAGACACUUCAGAUUGUGGGUCUUUGUACAUGUUUCCAGAAACAGAUCUGAUGAAACCAAAGUUAUUCUUCCAGUCUCUGGCAGGAACCCUUGUUAUAGUAGCUGCCCUUUAUAUUUUGAUCUUAUUGAUUGCCUGCUUGCAUCGAUUAUCAUGAAAUUCACAAGUUCAACCUUGUUAGCGAUCACAGCUCUCAUUGGAUUAUUCAGUCUCUCCACACUCACAAAUCCAGAUGGAUUUCUGAGUAUCAGCUGCGGCGCUUCAGAGAACAGAACGGGUGAAGAAUUCGAGUGGAUUACAGAUUCCUUAUUCAUCAACUUCAGAAACAACUUCACUAAGCCUCCAUUGAGCACUAUUGCUCCCUAUGAGUAUCAGUCCGUGGCUUAUUUUACAAAUCUGGAACUAAAUAAAUAUUGUUACUUACUCCCCGUGAUGCCUCAUAAACUUUUACUAGUAAGGACUACCUUUUUAUUCGGAGGAUUUGAAGAUCUUCCUUUAGCAAGCAUCUUUGACUUAAUCAUAGAUGGAAUUAAAUGGCAAACAGUCCGCUUGAAGGCUUUAGACCAAAUUUAUUACUACUUUAACGAGAUCAUCUUGCUCCCCAAAAGUGAGACUCUGAGUUUAUGCCUGGCCAGAAAUUCACAGACAGAAGAUGGUAACUAUGUGUUCAUUUCAACCAUUGAGUUGAGGCCGCUACAAUCUCCAAUGUAUAAUUCCACUGAUUUCAACAACAAUGCUUUAGUUUACUUCUCUCUUAGAAGUUUUGGUGAUCAUGAUUUUUCAAGGUAUCCAGAGGACCGGUUUGAUCGCAUCUGGCUUUCUCCUGCGGUAUCGACAACCACAACGAAUAUCAGCACGAACUCCUCUUUGAAGACAAGCUUGUGGAACCAACCACCUUUAUCUGUAUUAGAGUAUGCCAUUGCAACGCAAGUAGGGGAAGACCUAUUAAUUCCAGUAGGGUCCCAUUAUUUUGUACCUGACAACGGCUCUUAUUAUAUUGCUCUUUACUUCUGUAACAUCAUUAACGAGACAAGCUCUUCAAGGAAGCAAACCUUCCAGAUUUUUGUUAGCAAUCGUAAAGUAUCAGAAUUAAAGUUUCCUUCAUACCUAAACUGUCGGGAAUGGUAUCAGAUUUUGAAGCUUAGCCCACUGAAAUCUAUUGAUAUAAGAUUGCAUCCCUUAGAAGGAUCCGACAUGAGGCCAUUCAUAAAUGCAGCAGAAGUCUAUCGAAUUAUAGACAUAAACUAUAUUACACACACCGGAGAUGUACUUGCUAUUAGGAAAAUAGCGAACACAGCGAAUGUACCAGAUGAUUGGAUAGGAGGAGAUCCUUGUUUGCCUGCAGGUUUUCCAAUAACCGGUGUCACAUGCAACGAGGAAAACCCCCCGCGGGUGAUUAUUGUGAAUUUAACAAACAGGGGUCUAAUUGGCCACAUACCUCCAAGCAUAGCCAACUUAACCGCAAUAACUCAGUUGCUGUUAGGAAACAAUAAUCUGUCAGGUUCUAUUCCAAACCUCAGCUCAUUGAAGAACCUUAGAAAAUUGCAACUGCAAAAUAAUCAGCUGACUGGGGAUAUUCCAAGUUCAUUGGAGAAACUGCCCAUGUUGAAUGAACUUUUCUUGCAGAACAACAAAUUAGAUGGAGAUGUACCACCUGGUUUGAUUAAGCCGGGUUUAAACCUUCGAGUUUAUCCUCAAAGUAAUUCUCCAAUAAACAAGGAAAGAAAAGAAAAAAGUUCCAUUAUAGGACUCACUGUUGGCUGUUCGGUUCUGUUAAUCACUUUGAUAUUCGGGAUUUAUCUAUGGAGGAAAAAAUAUAAUCGAGGAAAUCUCACCACCAACAAUUUUAUUAUGCAACCUCAACAUUCAUGUACAGAUGAAGAUGACCCAAAUGAAUUUCACAAGCUGACGGUAGAAUAUACUGAAGAAGAUAUUAAAGCAGCUACAAAUAACUAUUCUACACUCAUUGGUAAGGGAGGCUUUGGAUCUGUGUUUUAUGGUAAACUUUCAGGAAAUGAGGUUGCAGUGAAGGUACUUUCAACGGAUUCAUUUCAAGGAAAACAAGAAUUUCGAAAUGAGGUAUCUCUCCUUUCAAGAAUAUACCAUAAGAAUCUUGUAUAUUUCAUUGGGUACUGCAGAAAACCUAUUGUGGCGUUAGUAUAUGAAUUUAUGGAAUGUGGGACGUUGAUGGAUCAUUUACACGGCCCAGCCAAACUAGAGAAACCUCUUGAUUGGCAAACCAGGGUCAACAUUGCUCUCCAAGCAGCAGAGGGUUUGCUAUACUUGCAUGAGGGUUGUAGUCCUCCAAUUAUACACAGAGAUAUUAAGUGCAGUAAUAUACUUUUGGAUAGACGAAUGUUUGCCAAGAUAUCUGACUUUGGUCUAUCCAAGUUGUUAGACAGCUCCAAAAGCUAUAUAUCAACUAAUGUCAAGGGAACCCUCGGCUAUCUGGAUCCUGAAUAUUUUGGAUCAUCAUCGUUAAAUGAAAAAAGUGAUAUCUAUAGUUUUGGUGUGGUGUUGUUGGAGAUUAUUUCUGGUGUACCACCCAAGGAAGGAACAGUCGAAAGGGCAAAAGAAUUACUUACAUGUGGGAGACUAGUAGACUUGAUGGAUUCUUCAUUAGGUGGUCGAUAUAGCUUAACAUCUGCACGUAAAGUUGCAGAGAUCGCAUACAAUUGUGUGGAACGAACAUCAAUAAACCGACCCACAAUGAAUACUGUUGUGAAAGAGCUAGCAGAAGCGAAGGCAUGUGUGUUAGAUGAUAACGGUGAAUCUAGAUUCAUUUUGAGUGGAUCGUCAAACGUACUUGACAUGCCUGAAGCUAGGUAGCCGUAAACUUAUGAAUCUCCUUUAGUUGUGGAAAGAUGCCUACGUAAUGGUGUUUUGUAUUAUAGACUUUUAGCUCUAAUAUGUAUUAUAUUAAAUAGACGUGGAUCGGUUAUGGACGAUCCCAAACAUAAUCAAUAUUGAAGAGUGAUGCUUAUUUUAUUUGUUUAGUCUAUACAACUUAAUAUCUUUCAAGUUUA